UGACAGGGCCAGCGAAUGCUGGUCGAAAAGAAAUUUCGUGCAGAGUGUUGUUUGAUCUGCACGAAGGUCUACAAUCUGCCGUUUGCCGUAGAUCUAUCAAGUGAAGCUGGUGCCAGUCGUCCGAUUUCUCUACUACAGAUUCUACCAGGAGUACUAUCACCCAUGGAUGCGGGAGAAGCUCUCGAUCACUACGCAGAGAUGUUUGAAAGGCGAAGCGGUCCUGCGGACUUCAUUGAUUGAAUCACUGAAGACAAGUGAUAGUAACUGAGUUCUGGUUUUGAACUUGAAGGGUAUCGGUCCGAAAUUUCGAUGGAGGUUCACGGUCAGCCGUCAAUCCUUAGCGAUGCGCUUGGUAGUUGUAUUCGGAGCAGAUGGAGGAAAGGAAAAGGAGACUUUGUCCACGGACAUCUGCGCCUAACACAAGAUACAGAGUUGGACGCGGAGAACAAUGGAGAUACAGAACUCCAGAAUUCAGACUCUAAAUGGUCGACGCAUGCCGGCACCGAUGAAGGGAAACGAACUAGUUCGCAAGCACUCACGCAAACCAGCGGCAGUACUGCUCAGUCAGUGGAUAAUGCUAGAAGUCGUGGAGAUUUGAAUGAAGCAGAGAAAGCGGAUGCACAGAUUCAUGCCCGGAACAGUCUGAUUGUCAUGUUCGCUGCUGGAUGCGUUCUGAACGCCUUCUUCGGUCUGGCCUCACUGGAAAGCUCAAUAAACUCCGACGGUGGAGUGGGUCAGAUGUGCGUUGCACUCUCCUUCUUCCCGUCCGUGAUCAGCGUCACGUUCCUGCUGCCGUUUCUCCUGCGACGCAUCGGGGCUAUCGCGCUGCUGCGCCUGUCCAUGAUACCGUGUCUCGGGUACGUAGCAGCGCACUUCAACGUCAUCCCGGCCGUACUGCUAACGAUGUGUGGCGUGUGGGGAGUGUUUGUCAUGAUGAUCGGCACGUCGGUGACGGUUCUAGCCACGUGCAGCGCUAUCGACUACGCUUCCAUAUACGGCGUGCAGGCUCAGCCGAUGAUCUCGCGCUUCAGUAGUAUUCUCUACCUUGGCUUGGUUUCGGCGUAUGUGUUUGGCCCAGCAAUCUCCUCGCUGGUCCUUCACAAUCCGCCAAGCCCGCCGAACAACACCACUGGCUCAACAUCAAGUACAACAGAAUGUCAUCGGAGCAGUGACGGGGUCAUUCUGCGGGAGAGAGACAAGAACGUGCUGCUGUCCGUGUAUCUAGGACUUGUCAUGCUGGGAAUCCUCCUGACGUUCGGACUGCGCAAAGCGUCGUCAACAUCGAUUAAGGCAAGACUAGCCUCAUCCACGGCCAGUCAACAGAUCACAGCCACACUCCGUCUUGUCGGGAACAUUGACCUGCUGCUGCUCAUCCCGAUUUUCUUUGGAAGCGGACUGCAGAAGGGUUUCUUCUCUGCGGAUUUCACAUCGUUCUUCAUCACUCCUUGCCUCGGUGUUGCAUACGUCGGCUAUGCCACGGCAACGUUUGGCGUUACAAACCUCUUCAUCACUCUGCUACUGCCGCGUGUGAUGAAACAGGUCAAUACAGCCGUGUUAGUUGUUAUGAUGGCGGGGCUGCAGUGUACCGUGCUGCUCUGGCUCAUCUUCUGGUCGCGCACAAGCAACGCACCGCUUCUGUACGGUCUGGCGGCGGUGUGGGGUGUCAGUGACGCUACUUGGAACAUAUGCACGGCCGUUACUGUCGGCAUUGUGUUUCCCCGAGACCAAGAAGCAGCCAACUCCAACUUCCGUGUGUGGCAAGGCUUGGGAUUCGGCAUGGCUGCCAUGUAUAGCCAGAGAAUCGGCAAGUGUCUGGAGCAGAUGAAGGUCAAGCUAGCAUACACCAUACUCUACACAGUUUUUGCUGCAGUGACAUUCUCUAUCCUGGAGGCCAGGCAGAGACAACGGAGAGCUUUACAUGAUCGCCGUAAAAAUGGAACAGAUAUUGAGCUCUCGCCCACGCCCAGGCUUCGUGCCGAGAGUGCAGACGCGAGUUCUUGAGGGAGAAAAGAGUGCUGGGGGUGACAUGAUCUCGAACUGAAUUCUAAUCUAUUUUCUUGAACAUUAGCCAGGAUUACCUUGAUGACCCAGGGGGAGGAUGUGGGAAACGAGGAACGUGAAAUCCCAUUCUGCCAUUGGCUGGUUCUCAGUAUUCAUCUCUAUUCAAUUAUUGGCAGGUAAUAAAUAUGCCAGAUGUUGUACCAACAUAAAAAAUACCGUGAUAAUAAGUCAUGAUGGUG